UUAACCUUGGUGAGAGAAUAAGUGGGAAGUGUGAAGGAAAGUAAGACCGGAAAUGGAGUGCGCGUGGAAGGGACGCGCGACUCGGUGCGUGGGCCCAGCCAGAAGACGAUGUGGUAGCUGCGGAGCGGUUGCUUAUUGCUCCGCCUCUCAUCAGAUUUCACAUUGGAGUGAGCAUAAAGAAGAGUGCAAAAGAUUAGAGGAGCAGAUGAAGCACAUUGAUGUGUUGAAUGAAUUUCCCUUCACCUUUUCUGUUGAAGCUACGGUCCAGGUUUGUGAAAAGCAGGUGACAAGAUGCUCAUUCUUGAGCAAAAGGAACAUCCAUCAACUGGGAAUGUGGCUGUAUGAAUGCCAUUGCGGGACAUCACUUGCUUCCUUUGAUUCUUCAAGGUUAAUUGACAGUUGGGAUCUUCCAGAUAUUUUGUGCCCAUGUAAAGAGCCUGAGUCCCCAAUAUCAAAGCAUUUAAGUAGUUGGAAAGAGUACUAUGAAUGGAGGUGCAUUCCACUAAAUUCGCCUGUUGCUCUUCUUCUUCACUGGCCUCUUACAAUUUACCAUGCCGUUCGCACUGGUUUGGGAAGCAGGAUUUUUGAAAUCUAUGAAAAACUGCACAUACACUAUCUUGGCCCAGAGAAAGAACUGCUGCAGCUUGCUGUCUUUGCAGAGCUGCACGUGCUUUUUCCUGGUUUAGACGUGCAUAUUGAGCUGGUUGGUCCUGCAGUUCCACAAAGUAGGGACGGUGAGUGUAUCACUCUAUGCAAAUACGCUCGUUGUCUAAGCAUGGAUUGCGUUUGCAAAUCAAGUGAAUGUGUCAGCUGGGAUGUACACACUAGUAAAACUUCAAUAAUAACGUUGAAUCUCCGGAAAGGUUUUUAUCACGAUCGCUACAGAGAUAUGGCAAAGGAUUCUUUUCCCCAUUUAAUCAUUGCUCCAAAUGCCGGCAUUGCAGCCUAUCCCAGUUGGUUACCUACUAUUGAGCUAAUAAAAGAGAUGAACAUCCCAGCAAUUUUCUCUGAUUAUUGUGAAGAAGCAUGUAAUCUUGGAGCUUCUUGCAUAACUAGUGUGACCGGCUGUCCUCUGGCUCGUCCUAUUCAGUUAAAUCCUUUCCGGCAGCCCGUGGCGGUGGAGGGAAGUGCGCUUUUCCUUCCGUGCUACUCAAAUUGCUUUCUCUAUGGGAUGUGAACUUGGGUGCGUUGGCUAACCAACAUUCUGCUCAAAGUUGUAAUUGAA